AAAAAUAAAAAACAUUCUCUACCCUGUCAAUAAAGAGGAGGAGUUACCUACCACGUCAAAAGUGUAAAGUAGGAAGUUCGCGUAGCCCAUGCACUGACAAGUCAUGAAACCGCUCGCAGUUGCCUUCAAGAAUUUCACUAGCUCCGCCCAAGGAAGUUGUUUGUAAAAUAGUAACAGCCUGUCACACCGAUUAAUUAAUGAAAGCAUUAAUGCUGGACAAACGAUAAGGUUGCUAAGUUAAAACGCCAAGGUAAAAGCCAGUUUUCAAUUGAAAUUAAAGUGUUUGCUGUUCAAUAGCCUAGAUAACAACCUGUAGACUAGUAGAAUAUGUCAGCGAUCUUAUUGAUACAGUACAGGUUUACACAACUGUCAUUGUCGUACUCUUAUGUAGCUAAACUAGUUUGCAUCAAAUGUUGCGUUCAUGACCCUAAUGUAGCCAAACGUCAACGUAGCAUUAUCAAGUAAUAGGCCACAAUCUUACAUGUAUGGCUACAGUAGACGUGAUGAGGUUGCAGGUUGUUGGUUGUUAUACAUUUCGGCACGUGUCUCUUUUACAAAUUCAAUACUGUAAAUCAUGCUCUCUCUGAAGGUACUGUGUGGUGUUAUUUCAAGCAUAUUGAACUUCAAGUUUUCUUUUCAGUGAAAUGGAGAAGGCGCGAAUAUGCACGUUUUUGAUUACCGGUGGCAGUGGACACUUUGGUUUCCGGUAAACCCAUCAAAAUAUACAUAUUUUACAUUAUUUGUUGCCUGUACAUAGUCUUCAUCUUAUCAAUACAGAAGAGAACUUGACAUUACCAACCUUUCCUGCUCACUACAUAAAAAGGAAGCUGAAGUCAUUCUGUUUGAUAUGAGCCCGCCCAGCCUAGAGGUUCCAGAGGGCAUUGUGUUCCUAAAGGGAGAUAUUCGUCAAAAUGCUCAGGUGGAGAAGGUGGUCACUGGCAUGGACUGUGUUUUCCACAUCGCCUCCUACGGCAUGUCUGGCAGGGAGCAGCUGAACAGGAAGCUGAUUGAAGAGGUGAAUGUCCAGGGCACAGAGCAUGUCCUCGGGGCCUGUGUAGAGGCUGGAGUCUCCAGGCUCGUCUACACCAGCACCUUCAAUGUAGUGUUCGGAGGCCAAAACAUUGAGGGUGGUGACGAAAGCCUCCCCUACCUACCUCUCCAUCUCCACCCUGACCACAACUCCAGAACCAAGUCGGUAGCUGAGAUAGCCGUGAUGAAAGCCAGUGGUACAGAGCUGAAGGACGGGACAGGUGUGUUGAGGGCCUGUGCUCUGCGUCCAGCCGGUAUAUACGGGCCUGGUGAGCAGAGGCACCUGCCCAGGAUUGUUGGGUACAUAGAGAAGGGGAUAUUCAGUUUUGUGUAUGGAGAUCCGAGAGGUUUAGUGGAGUUUGUCCAAGUAGACAUCCUGGUGUCUGCACAAGAACUGGCUGCAGAGGCUCUGACGUCAGAGCACCAGCACUCUGCUGGACAGGUAUACUUCAUCUCAGACGGAAGACCUGUCAACAACUUUGAGUUCUUCAGACCUCUGGUGGAGGGUUUGGGUUACUCUUUCCCCAAACUACGUCUACCCCUCUCUCUCAUCUACUUUGUUGCAUUCCUCACUGAGAUGAUUCACCAUCUCUUCGGCCCGAUAUUUAACUUCCAGCCUCUGCUCACACGCACAGAGGUGUAUAAGACCGGCGUGACGCAUUACUUCAGCAUGGCGGCCAAGGCCGAGCUGGGUUAUGAGCCCCAGGAGUAUAACCUGGAGGAGGUUGUGCAGUGGUUCAAGAGUAGAGGUCACGGAAGAAAACCUAGGGGUUCACUUCUCCAGCGACUGAUACUAGAUGGUCUUCUAUUAGCAGCUCUAGUAGCUCUGGCCCUCUCAUCCCUCCCAGUGGUUGGCAGUUAAUCAGCAGGCAGUAAUAAAGUGAUAAAUCUCAAUGGCACAUUUAAAUGUUGAAACUUGUGCUAUACUAGUGGUGAUGGAUUGUUUGGUUCUUCUUUUAUUAAUUACAAUGUUGGCAGUUUGUAAUAAAACAAAAUACUAUUAUUAACCAGAAUUAGAUCUGUUCAAAUGAAAGACCACAUUCCCUUAAUAAAUGUCCAUGAAUGUGUUUUGUGUAAAUUCCAACAAUAGAUAUAGCUAGUUAGAUAUACUAUAGCUAACUUUUGUCUUAUAUUGACAAUUGUUGGUCACAAUGCAUUUUGUUUUUGGCAGGGUUUUUAAAGCCAGAAUGGAAUGUUUGUUUUAAUUUGUGCCUGUCCAUGGAAGUACCUGACCAUAGUCCACCAACCAAAUGCAGUAUUUACAUAAGGUUUGUCUAAACUUGAUUAUGUAUAAGAGACAUAUCUUGGUGCAGAUGUCUGUUGGUACAAACAAAAUUUGGUCCCACUUUAAAUGAAGUACAACUUAGAAAGGCUUUAUAAAGCAUACAUAAAGACUUCAUAAGCACUACAUAAAUGCUUCAAAAAUCAUCUAUAAGCAUAUGUCAUAAAGGGUGACAAUCAUUCACACUGUAGGGUGAAUUACCAAAUGUAACACACUUAUGUUUAUACACCAUUUAAUCAGUAUUUUUCUAUUGAACCUUUAUUUAACUAGGCAGGUCGUUAAGAACAAAUUCUUAUUGACAAUGACGGCCUACCAGAGAACAAUAGGUUAACUGUUUUGUUCAGGGGCAGAAAGACAGAUUUUUACCUUGUCAGCUUGGGGGUUCGAUCCAGAAACCUUUUAGUUACUGGCUCAAAGCUCUAACCGCCCUGAUGACAUACGCUUAUAGAUUUAUGACGCAUUUAUGUAGAAGCCUUUAUGUAUGCUAUAUAAAACCCUUUAUAAGUUGUACUUCAUUUAAAGUGGGACCCAACAUUUACAUUGGUUUUGUUUUUACACCUCAAUUGAAGAUGGUAAUAAGAAAUAUGACGGACAAUGUAUUGUAAUGUUUAACAGAUAAGAUUUUUUUUAUUUUUAUACUGUAUAACUUUGAAAUGUUUCAUGAUGACCGACAGAUUCUUAGUCAAUGUGUGAUAUUGUAACGGCUGUCGGAAGAGAGAGUAGACCAAGGUGCAGCGGAGUUAGUGUUCAUCAUGAUUUUAAUUUAAUAAAGAACACCACACAAAACGAGAAAACUGACAGCCAAACAGUCCUGUCAGGUGCAAAACACUCAACAGAAACAAUUACCCACAAAACCCAAAGGAAAAACAUGCUCCUUAUGUGUGACUCCCAAUCAGCAACAACGAACUUCAGCUGUGCCUGAUUGGGAGCCACACACAGCCCAAAACAAAGAAAUACAAAAAAAGCUAGAAAACGAACAUAGAACGCCCACCCAAUGUAACACCCUGGCCUAACCAAAAUAAAGAACAAAAAACCCCUCUCUAUGGCUAGGGCGUUACAGAUAUCUUUUAUCAGGUCUGCUGCUGAAUUCCUAACCUUUCUGGUUGUUUUGUGACCAAAUCCUAAUGGGGAUCAAUCAUUUGUUGGUAUUUGUAAUAACAUUUCCUAUAAGGGAUAUUUGUAUUUAUUUUAGUUAGGUAAUGUUCUCAUAAUAUUAUUGAAUAAAAGUACAUGACUGAC